CUUGACAGCGGAAUCAGCUACUACAGACGCUCGCUCAUGGAUACGCCGUAGCGCUUGCCUGGAUAUCCCGGACGCUCUGUUUUUAUCCGUCAUUUUGCCGAGAAAUGAGUUACGCUACUCUGUUGGAUGUGGACCGGUUCCUCUUUACGUGAAUUGCAAACUGAGUGGACUAUAUUGGACCGUGUUCCUGGAUAUUUAAAUGGACCAACUAUAAUAGCUCGCCUAAAAGGAGCGUAAACGCUGUUGUGUGCGCGCGAUACAGGGUUCUAUCGAGAGAGCUUGCCUUGACAAGCGCGAGAAUUAAUUGCAGUUAUUUCGAAUCACAUCGGAACUUUGAACUUUGUUUCCACAUUCUGCUGUUUUGCCGCCUUUGUCAUUCAUUUGUUUCAAUUAUAGCACUUUUCUCCGCGUUGUGCUGUAGACUAGGAUAUUGCGAGAAUUUCGCCUAUGCCGAGCAGAGAACGGGGCGCCUUUUUGACUCAUAUUUGGACUUAUCCAUUUGCCCAUUCACAUUUUCAUUACAUUUGGUUUUUGCAUGAAGUGAGUAUCCUGCAAGUGUAACUGGAAAUAAUCUUCACAAUUAAUUUAUAGCACGUUUGUGACCAACGGACUGAUCCAGGGGGGAGAGAAUGGUCAGCCGCAGCUGAAACUGAUCCCCGGACGGUAUAACCCCGGACCAGAAAGGCUACUACUUGACGUUGUGUUUUGGAUCUUUUGGAACAUGAAGACUACAACGGACUGUCUCCUCUCUGGGGCUUUGUUUCUGUGCUUUCUCCUCUGCUCCGAGUCGGCGACGCUGAGCGGCUAUGGAGUGUCGUCAUCUGACUUCCUGGGUCCGAGGCGUUUGGGAGCAGUGUCCAACUUCUCCACGUUCCUGCUGGAGCGCUCCACGGGGACGCUCUACCUGGGGGCCAGGGACGCCAUCUUGGCUGUCAACUCCAACAACCUCGCCCAGCCACCACAGAAGAUAAUAUGGGACGUUCCGGAGGACAAGCGAAAUUCGUGUGUGGCCAAGGGGAAAACGAAGGACGACUGUAGAAAUUACAUCCGCCUGCUGCAGUUUCUAGGAGAUGGACGCAUCUACGCUUGUGGGACCUAUGCCUUUGAUCCUCAGUGUGCUUUCCUGAACAUGUCUACCUUCUCCCUGGAGACGAGUGAGGAGGGUGGGGUGCGUAUGGAGACUGGGAAAGGGAAAUGCCCCUUUGAGCCCAGCCAGCACUACACGGCAGUCAUGGCAGGAGGAGUCUUGUACACGGCGGCAACCAGUAACUUCCUGGGCACCCUCUUCGACAUCUCCCGGGCAACGGGCCUGGAACAGGAGCGCAUCCGCACCGAGAGAUCCAUCAACUGGCUCAGCGACCCCGAGUUCGUGAGCUCGGCCUUCAUCCAGGAGGACGAGGACAGCAACCCGAGCGGUGAGGACGACAAGAUCUACUUCUUCUUCACCGAGGUGGCCAAGGAGUACGACCUCUACACCAAGGUCAAGGUGCCCCGCGUCGCACGCGUCUGCAAGUCGGACGUGGGUGGCAUGAAGACUCUGCAGCGGCGCUGGACCACCUUCCUGAAGGCCCAGCUGGUGUGUGAGGACCGGGCCAGCGGCCAGCGCUUCAACGUCCUCACCGACGUCUUCACCAAGCAGCACCGGCCCGGAGACCCCAGCAGCACACACUUCUACGGCAUAUUCACCUCACAGUGGGAGAAAGAGGAGCUGUCCGCGGUGUGUGUGUACAGCCUGGCGGACAUCAGCAAGGUGAUGGACGGCCCCUUCAAGGAGCUGAAGAAGACCUGCGAGAACUGGAUCAACCCGGAGCCCGUGCCCACCCCACGCCCGGGACAGUGUCUGAACAACGAUCUGAAAGAUGCGGGCUUUGACUCGUCCCUGAAGUUGCCGGACAAGGUGCUGACGUUCAUGCGCGAUCACCCGCUCAUGGAGAACAGCGUGGUGUCGGCGCCCCUGCUGGUCAGGAGGGGCAUUACGUACACCAAGCUGGCCGUCACCCUGACCUCUAUGGGCGAGGAGGACAAGCGGGCCGCCGUGGUGCUUCACCUGGGCACAGAUCGUGGGGAGCUGCAUAGAGUGGCGGUGGUUGGUCAGAAUGCUACUCUGCUGCAAGAGAUUCCUCUCUUCCACCCUCCUCAGCCGGUCAAUAACAUCAUUUUGCACAAGGACGGUGCUCUGGUGGGUUCUCCAUCCGCCCUGGUGCGCCAGCCGGCCGAGGGCUGUGCUCUCUACUCCAGCUGUGAGGUGUGUGCUCGCGCCCGCGGCCUGGGCUGCGCCUGGAAGCCCAAAGCAGGCACCUGCGAUAGCGUCGGCAUGGAGUUUGGAGAUGGAGACUUUGAAGACCCACUGAGUCUGUGCAGCAGUGGAGAAGGCCGCUGUUCCCCGGCGGUGACAGAGCUGCGUGUCCUGGAGGGUCUGCGCGUGCUCCUGCCGUGCGUGCAGGUCUCGCCGCGCCCCUGCUCCUGGCAGCACCCACCUCACCGCCACACGCGCCAGCGCCUCGCCGACCUGGAGGUCCUGGCCUCGGACCAGACGGUGGGCACCUACCGCUGCCUGUGUGAAGAAGGGGGCCGGGAGCAGCCGCCGUGCCUGCGUGCCGAGUACCACCUGACCCUGGACGAGCCCAGCACCAACACCCUGGCGCAGGCGGGCGCGGGCCGCCACUUCGUGGUGUGGUACGUGGUGCUGUUCGCCGUGGGCGCGCUGGUCGGGGGCACCGUGGCCUUCUGCCUGGUGCUGCGCCGCAGCCGCGCCCUGGGCAUGGGCAUGGGGGUGGGCAAGUGCGUGGGCGGCCACGACUCGUCCCUCUCCGAGAAGCGGCACGACCUGCUGCCGUCCUCCGACACGCCACAGUCGCCCAGCAGCGCCAGCCUGCUGUCGGAGGCCGUGCCCCUCACCAAGCGCAACGGCACCGUCAACGGGCACGGCACGGGCACCGGCGGCGGAGUCGGCGGGCACAACAUCAUCUCCGGGCACAACAACCCCGGGCAUAACGGGCACAACGGGCCGCACAUCUACUGCAACAACAGCACCAGCGGCAGCAGCGGAGAGAUCAGCCGGCGGGAGUCGGCGGGCAAGCUGGCGGCCGCCGCCAGCUACAAUCACAUCCAGCAGCAGCUGCACAAUCACCACCACAACCUCCACAACCUGCACCACAGCCCCCACAGCCCCCCACCCCAGGACGGGCGGCCCGGGCCCGAGGGCGAGGAAGGGGAGGGCCUGUCCGAGGCGCUGUCGGUGUCCGAGAUGGGCGAGGGCCUGUCGGCCUGCCUGGAGGAGGAGCUGGCCGGACUGCAGAUGUUCCGCGGUGCGCCACUGGCCCAGUGCGAAGAGAGCUCCAUCUGAGAGAGAGAGAUAGAUAGAACAAGAGAAAAAAAGUUGAAGAGAGAGAGAGAGGGGGAGGGAUGAAGAGACGUCACAAGAGAGCGAGAGAAGGGGGAGGGUGAAUAGAGGAUGGAUAGAUGGGGAGAAGAUAAGAGAAGAGGGAUGGAGAGAUGGGUUGAUGUGAUGAGAGCCGCAGCCUUUUGAUGACUGACUGCCACUGUGAUCGUCAGGACACAGAAGCCAUACAAUGGAAGCGUACUGUGGAGAGAGUGACACCAGUGCAAUUGCAUUAGUGUUAUUUUCACGUGUAUGUGUGUGUUGCGUGGUUGGCAUAAUCUUACACAUCCCUGGGGUUUGUUGCUAUUCUUGUGCAGAUAUUAUUCCUAGCCACUCACCAACACAUUGGAAACGCAACACAAAUGAGCGUUUGUCUGUAAACAGCGAAUCCCCAUUCGCAUAAUGUCUCCCCCACCUCUGUUCGUCUUCUUCCUGUAAUUACGUUUGUUACACAUCUCGCAAUUUUUGACUCUCUGUGAUUUCAUCGAGUGUGAUUGGCUCCAGUUGCACGCGCACCCCUACCCUCCAACCCACCCCCCUCAUUAUCCAUUUUCACACUGUCCAGACAGACACCCAUUGGACAGGUGGGAGUUGAGGGGCGGGUGGUUCUCUUUUGAAGCGUUGUUAUUGGCUAACAUGCACCUUUGAGCUUCUGCCGGGAACUACGGACUACUUCACUUGCCGUAAGACCCUCUCACAAAGCCCCAAGACACCACACCACCUGAAAAACACACCGAAACAGACAUGUGCGCACACACAAUCAUGAUGUAUACACACAUCAUAAUGUAUACCCACACACACAAGAACACACACACACACAGACACGUACAGACACUAGAGUUGACAUUGGUCCAAUAUACUGUAUAUGUGUCGCGGUUCCUCCGAAGGCUCAGGGCUCGGAAAGGGGCCAAAACCAAAGACUGCAGAGCUCGGUUCAGAUGUCAAAAGGUCAUGGGUCGCAUGGCCUGAUCCGUCCUCCUGAGGCUCCUCCCUCCGGGGAGUUCCUUGGAGGGAACAGCAAAUCCUCUAAAAGCAAGAAGAGCCAAAGGGUGAGAGGGGGCAACACCACAGAGGACCAGGACAAUGGCCCAAGGGUCCAAGCGCCCUACUUAGGGCCCAAGGUAUAAGUGUCCUAGGGUCUAAGUAUCCUAGAGGCCAAGGGUUUAAGCCAGGUUCAAGGCUCCUUGGGUGUAAGUGUCCUAGAGCCUAAGGGUUCAAACCAGGUUCAAGGGUCCUUGGGUCCAAGUGUCCUAGGGUCUAAGUAUCCUAGAGGCCAAGGGUUCAAGCCAGGUUCAAGGCUCCUUGGGUGUAAGUGUCCUAGAGCUUAAGGGUUCAAACCAGGUUCAAGGCUCCUUGGGUGUAAGUGUCCUAGAGCUUAAGGGUUCAAACCAGGUUCAAGGCUCCUUGGGUAUAAGUGUCCUAGGGUCUAAGUGCAAGCUAGGUGUAAGGCUCCUUGUGUCCAAGUGUCCUAGGGUCUAAGGAUCCUAGUCUAAAGGUCCAAGCCAGGUUCAAGGGUCCUUGGCGGUAAGUGUCCUAGGGUCUAAGAAAGGGCACUAAAGAGGAAUGACACUUUCCAGAUUUCCACACACCACAGAGCAAGGCGGGUCACCUGAGACACACGCACACGCGCUAACUGGCCAACAGGAAGUGAUGCAAUCAGGGACUUCUGACAUGAAGCAAAGCAGGCCCCACAGGACUGCCAAACAGAACAGAAGGGGCCGGUUGCUUAUCGCCACCACCGUAUGGUUUCCGGGAUACCAACCAGGAUAGCCUCAGAUGCCAUGGCAACUAGACUGGCAAAAAAAGGGCUGCCGGACAUGAUGUGGUUGGUCCCAGAGACAAACAGCAGAGACUGAUAAGACCUAUUAGACCGGACAAAACAGCAUGACAACCCUUGGGAGUGUGUGUGCGCGUGCGUGUGCGUGUGUGUUGGAAAUGGUCUCUGGAUUCACUUCACUGGAGGCAGCAGAGGUGGCAUGUGAGGUGUUGACGAAAGACAAUGAAGUCAUGUAUUUUUGUUUUCUGUUUUCAAUCUUUCUUUAAUUUAACUAACUGUAUUUCUAAGAGGUCAAACUGCAACCGUAUAAAGAAAUCAUGGCGCCGAAAAAAACAAGCCCUGAACAUUGCAGACCCCAUUCUCUGUGUUACUGUCUGAUUAUCUUCUAUGGACCAAGAUCGUGCGAUGUUUUUUUUGUUUUUUUGGGAAUAUAUUUAUUAUAAAGGAAGAGAAAUGACAUGUGAGAUUGUGCCCCAUAUGUUGCAAUAGAAAUUAUUCUUGCUAAAGAAGAAUGAAGUACUGGAAGGACAUUUCUGUUUCUAUUCUAAGGACAGGCCGACCACCAAAGCAAAGGGUUGCUACUGAACUGCUGAGUAUAUAUCCAAAAAGACAAAAAAUCGAGGUAUGCUGAGUAAUGACUGUGAUCACAAGUCAUGUGACGGUGUGAAGUUUGAACGCAAGGCAGAUGUCUAAAGUCAUUAAAAACGUAAAAGAGUUCAGUGAACUCUUUGAAAAGCCUGAUUACUGUGACAUACAGUGAGCUACUACAAAACAACCACUAGGGGGAGAUGUUGUUUUUCUUUCAUUAGAAUGCAUCUGGUUAUUAGAAGUCCUCUGGUCAAAGUCUGUGUGAAGGAUUUUUUCUCCCUCUAUUGUAUUUUUUAUUUGCUUUUGUUUAAGGUUUAUUCACUUCAACAUUUGACUCGGUGAAGGUAAUACUCGGAAUGGUAUCCGUGGCAUAAUGUAGCUUGUCUUGUCAGCAUUCUGUAGUCACUGGUACGAACACUCCAAUAUGAAUGCCAGGUGUAGAUGCAACAUGUGGACUACAUUGCCAACAAUGCAUCUGUGGUGUCUUCAGACCAUCUCAAAACCGUCACCAGAUGCGGCAGGGCCUCACAGCUCUGCUGUCUGUAGCCCUUUAAAAAUUCACCCUCGGUGUCCUGUAAAACUGUACACAGAUUCGUUCAAAGCAUAGGUGGGUCUGGUGAGUAAAAAAAUCAUCAAUAGCAUAAACUUGGUUUUACUAUGUUACAAAUAUGUCUGUACCAGGUUUUACCUUCUCUUCAGUUACUUUAUGAAAAAAAAACAGAAUCCAUUUAACUGUUGUACAGAUAUGUUGUAUAUGUUUUAUUUUUAUAAUUUAUAUAUAAUAAUGAAACAAAUGCACAUUUUUUGAAUACUUAUACUGUGUUUGUGUAUGUGGAUGACAGUGUGCAGUAAGUAUGUGUGGUGAGAAUGCGCAUUAAAAGUGCUACCUCUUA